AUGCCGCAUAUUGAGCCUGAGGAACAACCUCCUGCUGAGUCUUCAGCAGAUCAGCAGCUGGAGAGACUGCCUUUUCCACCAGUUACAUACUCUCACAUCUUGAAUUGCUCUUUUCAUUCCUGGCAACCUCGUUACCGUACAAUCACCCCCAAAUCUCGCGUAAUUCCCUUGACGGCGCCGUUCGUUUCCUAUCUCAAUGCCGAUGGCAUCGUACUGCCACCAGAGGAUGCCCCCCCGACGGACGAGGAUAAUGUCGAUGAUACAUUCUCGGAUGACGAAGAUGUUGAGGAACACUCUGACCCAUCGACGGAGUGGCAGGAUGUACACUCCCGGGUCAAGGCCACUAUCACUGACUUUGGAGGCAACGUGACGCCGAAGCUGAACUGGAGUGCACCCAAAGAUGCAGCCUGGAUGUCCGCAACAAAUGACCUUCAGUGUCGCACGCCCAACGAUGUCUAUUUACUCCUGAAAAGCAGUGACUUUAUCACACAUGACCUGGAGCUGCCAUUCGAUGGAUGCGUCCCCGACGAUGAAUCUACACCACAACCCGAAAUCCCCUACCACUUGGUCCUUCGGAAAUACGUUAACUUCAACCCAUCCCUCGAGUUUCGGUGCUUCGUUCGCAAUCGCGUUCUUCUUUGUAUGUGUCAGCGUGAUCAGAAUCAUUUCGACUUUCUCUUCCCCAUGCGCGAUUCCCUUCGGUCCCGGAUCCAGGCAUUCUUCGACGAAAAGCUCAAGGAUACAUUCCCUGACCCGAACUUUGUUUUCGACGUUUACGUCCCUCCACCACACCAGCGGGUGUGGCUGGUGGACGUGAACCCAUGGGCAGAGAGAACAGACCCGUUGUUGUUCAGCUGGUUGGAGAUCCUGCAGAUGAAAGACCCCAUCGGGAUCCAGGAGGAGGAAGACGACCCAAAUGUGCCAGAGCAAUUCGUCAGACUUUCGCUGAAUGAUAACAACACAUUUACAGUGGAAUCCCCACCGGAUGAAGCUUCAGAGUCGGAAUCGGAGGAAGACUUGGAGGAUGGCGAUGAUGGCGAUGAUGGCGACAACCCAUUCCUUCCUGAAUUCCGUCUAGUGAAGCGAGAUGACCCAGAAGCAUAUGCAUUUGCAAGCACGCAGUACUCGGCACACAAGCUUCCGAAGGAGGUUGUCGAUGCCUCACUUUCCGGACCUGGUGGUAUGAGCCAGUUCCUCGGUCAGUGGCAAGAUAUCAUGGCUAAACAGGUACAAGAGGACGAGGAGGAAGGAAGCGACGAAUAA